CUCUCGUGUGACGCGGGUCCGUGACGCUCGUGCCGCCCGCGGUGCAUGCUGGGGGCUGAGUGGCGGGCGGCCAUGGCGAGCGACUUCUACCUGCGCUACUACGUCGGGCACAAGGGCAAGUUCGGGCACGAGUUCCUCGAGUUCGAGUUCCGGCCCGACGGUAAACUGAGAUACGCAAACAACAGCAAUUAUAAAAAUGAUGUCAUGAUUAGAAAAGAGGCCUACGUGCACAAGAGUGUGAUGGAAGAACUGAAGAGGAUAAUCGAUGACAGUGAAAUUACAAAAGAAGAUGAUGCCUUAUGGCCUCCACCUGACAGAGUUGGUCGGCAGGAGCUUGAAAUUGUAAUUGGUGAUGAACACAUAUCCUUUACUACAUCAAAAAUUGGUUCUCUUAUUGAUGUAAAUCAGUCCAAGGAUCCAGAAGGUCUAAGGGUGUUCUACUACCUUGUCCAGGACCUCAAGUGUCUAGUCUUCAGUCUAAUUGGAUUACACUUUAAGAUUAAGCCAAUUUAAAUUGUAUGGAUUGAGUUUGUACUGUAAAGUUUCUUUGGGUGGGAUCACUUUCAUUCCUUAUCUCUCAUGUAUGAGUUUUGUGUAUGUCAGUUUUUUUACAGAGUAAAUCUAAUAAAUGCUGUGACACUUUC